GUCCAAAACCAACGAAACCAUCCCCAAACUGUCCGCUGUUAUUCACUUGGACGGCGGACUCUGUGCGAAAUGGAAGCAUAUUUGCUUUUAAUAAGCCUGCUCUCCAUGAGCAGCCUCUCCUUAAGCCAAGAAUGCGUACGAGAUAUGUUGGAGAAUGUCGACUUUCCGGGGACGGAUCUUAAAUUCCAGUAUUCUCCAGACGCGGAGCACUGUCAGCAUCUUUGCACUCAGCACCCGGGUUGUCUUUUCUUCACUUUUGUACGAGCUGACUGGACCAAAGACAACAGGCACUUCUACUGCUACCUCAAGUCGACAUCCUCUGGACAGCCCAAGGUUCAGACACCCCUCGUGGGUGUCACCUCUGGUUUUUCUCUGAAAUCCUGCAGCCCAGAACCACAGCCCUGUCUUCCUCGCGUGUACCAGAAUGUGGACUUUUUUGGGGCGGACUAUCGGACCUUGUUCACAGCCGACUACGAGGAGUGCCAGAGAGUGUGCACUCAAGACCCCUUCUGCCAAUUCUUUACGUUUGUUAAUGGAGUCUUCAGUCCUGAGAAAAUCAGGUACAAGUGUCACCUGAAGUUCAGCUGGUCGCUACCGAGGACCUUAAACGUAAACAGAAAGGAUGGUUUGGCGUCUGGCUUCUCGCACCUAACCCAACUGACUCCCUACUCUGACACAGCAUGUUCUGUGAAACUUUUCCCGAACACCGUCAUCCCGGGCAACCCCCUGGAGACGCAUCCUUCCAGCUCGCCUGAGCACUGUUUGGCCCUGUGCUCCGCGCAUCCACGAUGCACCUACUUCUCCUACUACAGCAAUGCUCUCUCCUGUCACCUGAAGAACAACCCCAAUGACAUGGUGAUGAACGCAGAAGUAGGUGUGACGUCAGGGAUAGCCACACACUUCUGUCAGCAAGAUACUACCUGGGCAAAGAAAACUCACGAGGGAGUCGAUUUUCAAGGUUCAGACAUCCGUUUUGAGCUGAUGGAUGACGCGGAGACGUGCCAGAAGACGUGCAGUGGGGAUGGAAACUGCCAGUUCUACACUUACGUCUAUGACAACUUCACUGACUCUGCUUACCGGCGCCGUUGUUAUAUCAAACGUGUCAUCACCAUGCCGGCUCCUCCCAAAGUUACCAAACUGGCCAAUGUGGUGUCUGGCUUCCACUUGAGGAGUUGCGCUUAGAUGACAGUGAGCAGCUAAACGUUGUUUCAGUAUUAUCUGUUUAGUCCCUUAAGGUGAGUGAUAUGCAUCCAUACAGUGACAUAUUGAACACACUAGGAGCUGAAAGCAUCAACCUUGUGCUGUUUUCUGUCAGCAGAGGUUGCUCAACUCAAAUAAACCAUUCUGAUCUUUGGACUUUGGACUUGUACGUGACCUUAGACUGUUUGACGAUGUCAAUACCGAGUUUUAGCAGCACCAAUAAAACGAUACAUAGGAGAUGUAUUGUUUUAUUAGCACUGCUUGUCUAAGUGUCAUUAUUAUUAUUAUUAUUAUUAUCGGUAUGUGCAAAAGUUCACGUCAUAAUGAUUACACUACUAAAAACAUUCAAUUAUUAAUGGGUCAGUUGCUGCCAGCAUGUACACUUAAAAGCCUUUAGGAGGAAAAUAAGGCGAUUACAAGACACUUCAAAACAUUAGUGAAAAUUGUAGUAAUUAGGGUUAGGGCUUUGUGAACAUAAUUAACAGUUUUGAUUGACAUGUUCAAUCUUCACAAUAUCUUAUGUGUUGUAGUGUUUUAAAAAAGUCAGUUUUGGACAGAAUUGUUGUGGACCAGCUGUUAUUGUUUAUGAUGUAUGAAAGGGCAGCAGCCUUUUAAGAAUAAAAUGAAAAAUACGAAUAUUAUAUAUUUCUACAGUACGUACUAAAGAAAUCUGUAAUACAAAUUCAUUUAUAUGUAAUAAAAUAACAAUCAGCAACCCCAAAAGGGACAAACGGUAGAAAAUGGAUGGAUGGAUGUAUAUAAUACAAAUAUAAUUUUUUAUUUAUUAAUUAUAUUAUAUACAUAUACAAAUACAUUUAUGUAAGAAAAUAUAUGUAUAGGUAAUCCUUUAAAACAUAUGUAAUACAAAUAUAUUUAUGUGAAAAAAUCAAAAACAUAUUUAUUACAAAUAUACCAUAAAAUAGAAAAAAAUAUGUAAUACACAUUUUUGUAAUAAAGUAAAUAUGCAAUAAAAAAUUAAGUUACAAUAAGAUAGCAUUUAAAUUUUUUUUUUACAAAUAUGCUUGUAUAUAAUUAAAUAUCCAAUACAAAUACAACUUAUACGUGAUCAAAUAAGGUGUGUGUGUGUGUGUGUGUGUGUGUGUGUGUGUGUGUGUGUGUGUGUGUGUGUGUGUGUGUGUGUGUGUGUGUGUGUGUGUGUGUGUGUGUGUGUGUGUGUGUGUGUGUGUGUGUGU